CGUCGCCGCCCGCUGAGCCCAGCGCAGCCCAGCCCGGCACCGUCUGCCCCGUGCCCCGCCGCCUCCCCGCUGCCCCCGCCCCGCCAUGGCGGACAAGGAAGCAGCCUUUGAUGAUGCGGUGGAAGAACGUGUGAUCAAUGAGGAGUAUAAAAUAUGGAAAAAGAAUACCCCUUUCUUGUAUGAUUUGGUAAUGACCCAUGCUCUGGAGUGGCCCAGCUUGACUGCGCAGUGGCUGCCUGAUGUAACCAGACCUGAAGGCAAAGAUUUCAGCAUUCACCGACUGGUCCUUGGGACCCACACUUCAGAUGAGCAAAAUCACCUGGUGAUAGCCAGUGUGCAGCUGCCUAACGAUGAUGCACAGUUUGAUGCUUCACACUAUGAUAGUGAGAAAGGAGAGUUUGGGGGCUUUGGCUCAGUCAGUGGGAAGAUCGAAAUUGAAAUCAAGAUAAAUCACGAGGGAGAAGUGAACAGAGCACGUUACAUGCCACAGAACCCAUGCAUCAUCGCCACGAAGACUCCAUCCAGUGAUGUCCUUGUCUUUGAUUACACCAAGCACCCUUCUAAACCAGACCCUUCUGGAGAGUGUAACCCUGAUCUGCGUCUUCGUGGACACCAGAAGGAAGGUUAUGGGCUGUCAUGGAACCCAAACCUGAGCGGGCAUUUGCUUAGUGCUUCUGAUGAUCAUACCAUUUGCUUGUGGGAUAUUAGUGCUGUUCCAAAGGAAGGCAAAGUGGUGGAUGCAAAGACCAUCUUCACAGGGCAUACAGCAGUAGUGGAAGAUGUAUCUUGGCAUCUGCUCCAUGAAUCUCUUUUUGGAUCUGUUGCUGAUGAUCAGAAGCUCAUGAUUUGGGAUACUCGGUCAAACAACACUUCCAAACCUAGUCAUUCAGUGGAUGCUCACACAGCUGAAGUCAACUGCCUCUCUUUCAAUCCCUACAGUGAGUUUAUCCUGGCCACAGGAUCAGCUGAUAAGACUGUUGCCUUAUGGGACUUGAGGAACUUGAAACUGAAACUGCACUCCUUUGAAUCACACAAAGAUGAAAUAUUUCAGGUUCAGUGGUCUCCCCAUAAUGAAACUAUUCUGGCCUCCAGUGGCACUGACCGCAGGCUAAACGUCUGGGACUUGAGUAAAAUUGGAGAAGAGCAAUCCCCUGAAGAUGCUGAGGAUGGUCCCCCAGAGCUGUUGGCAAGUCUUUUGAAUCUCACUAUCUUGAUCUGUUACUCACCUUUGCAAUGGAGAUUUGAAAACAUUCCCUAUUUUUUUUUCUAUCCCCAAUGCUAGUUUAUCCAUGGUGGUCACACUGCAAAGAUCUCGGACUUCUCCUGGAAUCCCAAUGAGCCCUGGGUAAUUUGUUCUGUAUCAGAAGAUAAUAUCAUGCAAGUCUGGCAGAUGGCAGAGAACAUCUAUAAUGAUGAAGACCCUGAAGGAAGCGUGGAUCCAGAAGGUCAAGGAUCCUAGAUGACAACCUUUUUCCUCUUUCUAGUCUUCUUCUUUCUCUUCCCUCUCAACCCUGAUAUUGACUUAACACUGGUUUUGAGACACACGUAGACUUUGUGUUCAGCCAUCCUUCUGUAGAUACCAUCAGCAGGCUUUUUAACCCAGACAGUGAGUACCCCAUGAGGGCUUAGCCCAGUGCAGCAGCCACCAUGCUGCAGCUCCUCAGCCAGAUUCCUCUUGCACAUAGGGCUGGCUGUCCCAUUUUCACUGCCUUCAUCACACAGAGCAGAGUUGGUUUUUGUUGGUUUUUCUUCUGUCUUUAGCUUGCUAUAGCUGCAGACUUUUGUCUCAUUUGAAAGGUUAAUUCAGUAGAGCUACCAGAGUGUGCUUGAGCCAAUGGAGAUGAUACAAGAGUUAAUCCACUGGCAGGUCAGAGUGUGGAAGGUGUCAUCCUCUUCAGUACAACUCUGAAGACUUGCAGUUCCUUUAAUCUGUACCUUGUGGAUUUUUCUGCCUCUGCAGAUACAGGCUUGCAGAUUCUGACUUGAACUGAAGUUAAAUUUCUUCCUACUGGUCUCUACUGAUAAUUCUGGGUUUUUCAUUCCUUCCUUCCUUUCCCUUUUCUCCCAUCUGCUGGGUGACAGCGGUUUGCAUUCCUUAGCUAUUCCUGCAGAGCAUCAUUCACCUUCCAUGUAUUUUGCUCUAUUGUGUGUUUCUUGAGCUGUGUUUUCACGUAUAUUUCUUUCCUUUCUGUGAAAUGGUUUUUUAAACUUGGGGCCCCCAGGUUGUAAAGGUGUCUGUUUUUACCAGCUGAUGUACCACAGAUGGCAUGCCCGGUAACCUCCAACACCAUUGGUAGCUGGUAUGUGUAAAGCACAUCAAACAUGGAUGAGCUACUUGUUUUAGGAGUUAGUCCUUGACCACUAGUUUCUGCACAUCUUCACUAGGGUGUCCUGUUCCACCAGCAGCCUGUUACUCUCCAUGCUCCUCAUGACUAACUGCGUGUAAGUGCUUCAGAUGGAAUAAAUUUUUUCUACGUAA